UGUACACAAACGAGUCCAGCAUCAAUGGAAUUUAGUCCUAUCUGUCUCUUCUUACUAAUCUGUCGUGUUAGUGCUGACACCUUAGUAUGGUCUGAUGAUUUUAACGGAUCUAGUGGCCAACAACCUGACGCGUCGAAAUGGGUAUUCAACACUGGUGGUGAUGGAUGGGGAAAUCAAGAACGGCAGUACUACACAAAUUCGCAGUUAAAUGCAGCUUUAGAUGGUACGGGUAAUUUGGUGAUCACAGCUCGCAGAGAAAAUAACGGCAAUUUCAAUUGUUGGUACGGCCGAUGUGAGUAUACGUCAGCUCGUUUGAUAACUGCUGGUAAAUUCAGUCAAAUGUACGGUGCCUUUGAGGCUAGAAUAAAAAUCCCGACGGGUAAAGGAAUUUGGCCAGCAUUUUGGAUGCUUGGUGACGACGUGCUACAAGCAGGAUGGCCACAAUGUGGAGAAAUCGAUAUUAUGGAAAAUGUUGGAAAUGAACCGCUUGCGAUUCAUGGCACUCUUCACGGUCCAGGCUAUUCAGGCGGUAGUGGGCUAACGAGUACAUUCAACUCACCAAAUAAUCAACCAUUCACGAACGACUUUCAUGUUUAUCGGGCUGAUUGGACAGCUAAUUCGAUUAGUUUCUCGGUUGAUGGCCGACAGUAUGCAACUAAGACACCGUCAGACACCGGAGGGAACAGAUGGGUGUUCGAUCAUAAAUUUUUCAUCAUAUUAAAUUUGGCUGUCGGUGGUGGUUGGCCUGGUUCUCCCGACGGUUCGACAAUGUUUCCGCAACAAAUGAUAGUCGAUUAUGUCAGAGUUUUCUCAAAAGACGAUACGAAUCCAUCCAAUCGACAGGGACAGAUCAGAGGGAUCGGCGGUCGUUGCGUUGAUGUCAGAGGUGCCAAUACAGAUAAUGGAGCAAUUGUACAGGUAUUUGACUGCAAUGGAACGCCAGCACAGUUAUGGUCACUUUCAGCUGAUCGAACUAUUCGGGCGCUCGGUAAGUGUCUUAGCGUGAAUGGUGGUUCCGCAAACGGAACACCAGUUGUGCUGAAUGAUUGCAAUGGGUCGGCGGCACAGAAAUGGGAUUUAUCCGCUAGUGGUGACAUCGUCAACAGCAAUAAGUGUUUAGAUGCGAAACAGCCAGCUAAUCAAAAUUCGGCACCAUUGCAAAUCUGGGAUUGUGCUGGUACCAGCAAUCAGAAAUGGAAUUUGCCUUGAAUGUUUUUGAAUAAAGGUCGAAAGGGAACUUAUGAUUGAUUUAAAAAUGAAGAUACUU